GCGACUACUUAUCAAUCAGCGGGUCUCGUAUCCUGAUCCUGAAAGAUGAUCUGAUAAAAAUUUGUCGCGUGCGCACAACUUUCCAUCCACAGUCGACUUGUGGUUUCCCUUGCUGCACCCGCCGUCAACAUGGGCAACAACCCUGUUUUUGCCGUCACUGUCUUUUUCAUCUGCUUUCGAGAAUGCCUGGAAACAAGUGUUGUUGUGUCUGUUCUGUUGGCGUUCUUGAAGCAGACGCUUGGGAGCAGUGGAGAACUCGAAACGUAUAAACGACUCAAAAGACAGGUGUGGCUAGGAUGCGCACUUGGUUUGUUCAUCUGCCUCUGCGUCGGUGCCGGUAUGAUCGGCGCGUUCUACAGCCUGGGAACGGACACUUUCUCUAGCACCGAAGAUAUCUGGGAAGGCGUCUUGGGAAUCUUAGCCUCGAUCAUUAUUGCCGUCAUGGGUGCAGCCCUGCUGCGGGUGUCGAAGCUGCAGGAAAAGUGGCGGGUGAAGCUUACCAAAGCUCUCCAGCAUCACGACCGGCCCAAUAGCUCGCGUAAGGGCCGAGUCAAGAUGUGGUUUGAGAAAUACGUCAUGUUCAUCCUGCCCUUUAUCACUGUUCUUCGUGAAGGACUAGAGGCGGUUGUUUAUGUCGGAGGUGUCGGGUUGGGCCUGCCAGCCACAUCGUUCCCGCUAGCGGUUGUGUGUGGUCUCAUCGCGGGAUGCUUAGUUGGAUAUCUGAUCUAUCGAGGAGGCAGUGAAACCACCAUGCAGUUCUUCUUGAUCGUCUCGACCUGCUUCCUAUACUUGGUGGCCGCGGGAUUGUUCUCCCGUGGCGUGUGGUACUUUCAGAACAAUGCUUGGAACAACAUCAUUGGCGGGGAUGCCUCGGAAACAGGCUCGGGUCCUGGAUCUUAUGAUAUCAGGCAGAGUGUGUGGCACGUUAACUGCUGUAACCCCGAGUUGGGCGGCGGCGGCGGUUGGGGCAUCUUCAAUGCCUUGCUCGGAUGGACCAACUCGGCAACACUGGGGUCGGUGAUUGCCUAUAAUCUAUUCUGGGUCUGCGUGAUGCUUGCCUAUGCUGCAAUGCUGUAUCGCGAGCGGAAGGGAGCGAUCCCCGUCAUUGACCCUAUGAUUGCACGCUACCAGGGUUUCAAGGCUCGGGUGAUAGCCACGAUCCUACGCCGGCCCUUGGAAGAGAAUGACGAUCCGGUAGAGCAACCCGGAAUUCUGGGAAACAGUGGGAAUGAGAAAGCGGUUGGUGCUGGGGUGUCGAUGUCUGUGAGAGAAGCGGAGGUUAGGGCUGUGUAGCGGUCGGGUAGACUCGCUGUAUGAAGUAGAAAAUGGAGCUUUUUUC